AUGGCAGUAGCUGCGAAUUUCACAAUGGACACCGACGGUACACGAAGCUACGACAGACCCCAAAAACGAGACCAAUCAAAGAACCAGAUGACGGGAAUAACCGAGCCAGGAGAAACCCUCCAUCACCUCAUGAUUAUUCUACCAACCUUGCCUUUAUAUGACAGGCAGCGGCCUCUAGGCGCAGCGGCCCCUAGACGCAGCGAAUGGAGGCGGCCGAUAUUGAAGAAUUCUGCAUGCGCGCUAAAGUCUCAGCGUUGCGAAUCAUCUAUGGACAGUGCCGGACUUUCAGAACCUGACCUUGGAAAUGAUACUGCUCAAAUAUAUGGGACAACCUCAUCGAGAGAAAGAACAAGUGAAUUAAAUCAGUUUUUGUCGAAUGAAGACAGUGAUGACUCAGUACAAGAUCCUGAUUAUAGUUUAAGUAAUACUUCGGAGUCAGAAAAAGAGGAGGAAAAUGAUAAUAGAAAAGACAAACAGCUAACAAGAUGGAGAAGGAGUCAUCCUAGUGAUUGGAAACGCAAUAUAGCGAAAAAGAGAAGAAGUGAUGGUUUGAAUUAUGAGAUUAAUAAGAAGCAAAGACCGCCUAAAAAACCCCGAGCGGUCAAUUGUGAAAAAUGUCGUUUCAAAUGUCAGACUAAAUUUUCAGAUGCCGAAAGGGAAGCUAUCUGUUCACUAUAUUGGAGAAUGAACAACUUUGAGAGACAAAAAGAUUUUCUUCUUUCUAAUAUUACAAGCAUUCCUCCAGAGAGGAGGAGACAACGAAAUGGAAAUAAAGGCCCCAGAAGCAAUUCUAAGCAGUACUACUUCGAAAAAGACAGAAACAAAAUGAGAAUAUGUCAAGCUUUUUUUCUAAAAACGCUCAAUAUAAGUGGUGAUGUUGUUAAAAAUGCCUUCCAAAACAAAGGACCAGCUGGCACCUAUAUCGGAGAAGAUAAACGUGGAAAAUCUGUACCAGGAAAUAAAACCGCUCCUGAGCUAGUUGCUGCUGUUAAGGAACACAUAGAGAGCUUUCCAACAGUAAGAUCACACUAUUCCCGCAAAACUACGAAGGAAGAUUACCUGGACAGUAAAUUAUCCAUAUCAAAGAUGUACAGUCUCUACAAAGAAAAAUGUGAAUCAGAAGAGAAACAAUUCGUGACAUUUAUAACCUAUAAAAGAAUUUUUGGAGAGCACUAUAACUUAUCGUUUUUCAAACCUAAAAAAGAUUUAUGUCAAAUCUGUGAGAGGCAUAAAACAGCUGAAAAUGAGGCAAACAAUAAUGAGAUUUAUGAGAGUCAUGUGAUGCGAAAAAAAGAUUGCUACAUAGCUAAAAACAAGGACAAAGUACGAGCUACUAAUGAUGAAAGUUUUGUCUCUUCAACUUUCGAUUUGCAGUCAGUACUUCAAAUUCCCUGCUCGGAUGUAAGCCCUAUGUACUACUCGAGAAAAAUUUGCGUGUACAACCUUACAAUUUACAAUUCAGCCCCACCGAAUGAUGCCUAUUGUUAUUGCUGGUAG